GUCGCACACGCACACGACCCAUCGGCUGGUUCGUUUGAUCGUCUCUCUUGGCGAUUUGGCGAGGCGAUCUAGCGGAAAGCGGAGCAGCAGCAGCCGCGGAGGCCGGCGGGAAUCGGCCGGCCAGGACUCCAGGAGCCCAGGACGCCACACGCGAGAUGAAGAAGAAGAAUAAGAGUGCUGCUGACAGUAGUAUAUUUGCAUUGUGGGAAAAAGCUUCAAAAGCUCAGAAGACAGAUGAAACAUCCACACCGAAUCAUACUGUUGUUGAAUCAAGCACUUCUCACGAUCAGCCCGAGAACAAUCUGCAAUUGGCGCUAGUGCAAGCACCGGAUGUAGAACGUGAACCGGAGAGCAGCGGCGCAACUCCAACUCCAAUUGUAGAGGAUGAUGAAGCAAUUGAUGAAGAUGAUGAACCGACACAAGCAGAUCUGGAGGCACUUCAACAUGAUCCUGGGAAGCGGAUUUCCAUCUCAAGAUAUGCUGUCAAUGACCAAGAUAGAGUUAGAAGGAGAUACAUUGAGAUGGGGCCAUGUCAACCAAAGAAUCAUAAGUUUGAGUUUACGAAUAAAAGUGGAUAUGAGCGUCGCUUUUGUCGUGCUUGGUUUAAAGAAUUUCCAUGGAUUGAGUAUAGUGUGGAGAAAGAUGCUGCCUUUUGUUUUGUUUGCUAUUUGUUCAAGGAUAAAACAAAAUGUCCUGGUGGGGAUUCAUUUGUUAAGAAUGGGUUUAGGAACUGGAACAUGAAAUCGAGAUUGUCGAGACAUGAAGGUGGUGUCAGUAGUGCUCAUGCUGAAGCUCAAGAGAAAUUUGAUAUGUUCACUACACCAAAAGCAUCAAUCCGAAACGCUCUUGCUUCAAACACCUCGCAGUAUAAGGCCUUGUACAAGCUCCGUUUGACAUGGACACUCAAGUGUUUGAGGUUUUUAUUGCGCCAAGGCUUGGCAUUUAGAGGACAUGAUGAGAGUGAAGAUUCACUAAAUAAAGGAAAUUUCCUUGAGCUUCUAAAUUGGCUAGCAGGAAAUUUUGAAGAGGUUGACAAAGUGGUUCUCAACAAUGCUCCACAGAACUGCAAGAUGACUCACCAUGAUAUACAACAUGAGCUGAUAAAAUGUUGUGCGCUGGAGACUACUAAACUGGUCAUUGAAGAACUUGAUGGUGGUCAUUUUGCAAUACUUGCAGAUGAGUCUAGUGACGUGUAUCAGAAUGAACAGUUGGCUAUUUGCUUGCGUUAUGUUGAUAAGAAAGGAAGGGCGGUUGUAAGAUUUCUUGGUCUUGCUCAUGUUGAAGAUACUACCUCUUUGACACUUAAGGCAGCAAUUCAGAAAAUGCUUAUGAAGUACAAUCUGACCUUCGCAAUGGUUCGUGGGCAAGGAUAUGAUGAAGCUAGUAACAUGAAAGGUAAUGCCAAUGGCCUGAAAAAACUAAUCAUGGAUGAGUCUCCUUCUGCCUACUAUGUUCAUUGUUUUGCCCAUCAACUACAACUAACUCUUGUUGCUGUUGCUAAAGAGAGUGGUGAUUGCACUUGGUUCUUUCAGCAGCUUGCACACUUGUUAAAUGCUCUUGGUAUGUCUUGCAAAAAGAUGAGGAUGCUUCGGAUUGCUCAAGCCGAGGAACUGAUUGAUGCAUUGGAAUUGGAAGAAGUAGAAACGGGGACUGGGCAAAAUCAGGAAAUGGGUUUGGGAAGACCGUGUGAUACACGUUGGGGCUCCCACUUCAGAACUGUGAACCGUGUCCUAUCUAUGUAUGCUGCAAUACGGCGAGUCCUCUUGAAGAUUGGAAAAGAGUACCAUGGUGCGGAGGCUCAGGCAGCUCUAUCUGUGUUGACAUCAUUUCGGUCAUUUGAGUUUGUUUUCAUGGCACAUUUGAUGCAAGAAAUAUUUGGAUACACAGAUGACUUGAGCAGAGCUUUGCAAAUGAAAGAGCAAGAUAUUGUUCAUGCUAUUGAGCUAGUUGAUCUCACAAAGUAUCACUUGGAGGGCUUGAGGUCAGAUCCUGGAUGGGAUGAUUUUCUUAUCAAGGUAACAUCUUUUUGUACAAAGCAUAAGAUCAAAGUUGUUGAUAUGAAGGCUCGUUACUGUCCUGUUGGGCGACCUAGAAGAGGUGGUUUCUAUAAUGGUGCAGAUAAUUAUCAUCGCUUCCAUGUUGAUAUGUAUGUGAGCGUCAUUGAUAGGCAAAUUUCUGAACUGAAUGGCAGAUUUGAUGAGGUAAACACUGAACUACUUUCUUGCAUGGCAGCAUUCUGUCCACUUCGUUCAUUUGCUGCCUAUGAUCAAGAGAAGUUGGUUAGGCUUGCUUCAAAGUUUUAUGCUAGUGAUUUCACAAUUGAUGAACUGGCAAGACUUCCAUGGCAAUUAGACUUGUAUAUUACUCAUGUGCACAGAGAUGAAAGGUUUAAAAGUUUGAAGAAUAUUGUUCAACUUUCAGUUAUGCUUGUGGAGACAAACAAACAUGAACAAUAUUUUGUUGUUUACAAGCUUCUUAAGUUGGUACUGAUCUUGUCAGUAGCUACUGCUAGUGUUGAAAGGGUAUUCUCCUCAAUGAACUAUGUGAAGAAUAAGCUAAGGAACAAAAUGGGUGAUGAAUACUUGAACCAUUGUUUGGUUACAUUUGUUGAGAGGGAAUUCUUUAGUCAAGUGAAGGAUGAAGAUGUCAUCAAUGUCUUCCAACAAGGCGAUCGUAGAGUUAUAUUGUAAUAUCAAUUCUUCACUCAAGAGUCUAGAGGUACUGCCUCAAUGAAAAUUUAUUGUUUUAGUAUUUAUAAUUAUUACUAUGGAAUUAUGGUCU